UUUAAUGUUUUCAUAUUAUAUAUUGAGGUGUUACAAUGUGUUCUAGUGAUUGCAUAUCACACCAAACUUUAUAAAGUGUUACAUGUAAAAGAGAGACGGUGAGGGAGAUUACAUUUAUACGACCAAAAGAUGGAGAAAGAGAGUUGUCGGUAUAACUCUUUCUCUCUCUCUCUCUCUCUGGUUUCUCUCUAUAAAACCCCGUCCGAAAGAUUGGCUCUAGGAAACUAUACCAUUGCCAAGCCGCGGCCAUGGAAGAAGCUGGCGAGCCGUGGCGGUCGGAGCUACAACGCCCGCCGGAGCCGACCAAGGACCCGAUGGAGUUCCUCUCCCGCUCCUGGGCCGCCUCCGCCCUCGAGGUCUCGAAGGCCCUGGCCCCGCCGCCGCCGCCCCCGCCCCCGCAGCCGGCCGCCAUCCCCGAGGACGCCGCCGCCGAGGUGGAGGAGCUCGGCGUCGCGGCAGCGGUCGCAGGGAACACCUUCUCCUUCGCCUCUUCCGCUACCUCGCAGCUCGUCAUGGAGCGGAUCAUGUCGCAGUCGGAAGUGGCUCCUCUCACAUCAGGACGGCUCUCCCACAGCAGUGGACCUCUCAACGGCGGCGGAUCACUCUCCGAUAGCCCUCCCGUCUCCCCCUCCGACAUGGACGACGUCAAGUUCUGUGGAGCUGGUAACGCACCGAAGGCGCAACCUUACAGGGGGACGAGCAAGACAGUUGGGAGGUGGCUGAAGGAUAGGAAGGAGAAGAAGAAGGAGGAGACCCGGGCCCAGAACGCGCAGCUCCAUGCCGCGAUCUCCGUGGCUGGGGUGGCCGCGGCGGUCGCCGCCAUCGCAGCGGCUACCGCUGCCGCCUCGGGCUCCGGCAAAGACGACCGCGCCGCCAGGACCGACAUGGCCGUGGCCUCGGCCGCCACCCUGGUGGCCGCUCAGUGCGUCGAGGCUGCUGAGAGCAUGGGGGCCGAGCGCGAGCACCUGGCGUCGGUGGUUAGUUCUGCUGUCAGCGUCCGGACGCCGGGGGACAUCGUCACUCUCACCGCCGCCGCCGCCACCGCGUUGAGAGGGGCGGCGACGCUGAAGGCGAGGGCGCUGAAGGAGGUGUGGAACAUCGCCGCCGUCAUACCGGUCGAGAAGGGAGGGACGGCGAACCACAACAACCACCGCCGCCGCAGCAAGCAAGAGAAGGAAUUGGACAGCAACAGCAGUAGUUUCAGCGACGAGGUCGUCCCGGAGGAGAACUUCUUGGGCCUCUGCAGCCAGGAGCUCCUCGCUCGAGGCACCGAGCUGCUCAAACGCACACGGAAAGGCGCACUUCACUGGAAGAUCGUCUCCGUUUACAUCAACAAAAUGGGUCAGGUGAUGAUCAAGAUGAAGAGCCGGCAUGUGGCAGGCACCAUCACCAAGAAGAAGAAGAAUGUCGUCGUGGACGUCUGCAAGGACAUCCAAGCAUGGCCGGGGCGGCACCUACUGGAGGGCGGUGAGCAGCGCUGCUACUUCGGGCUGCGGACGGCGGAGCAACGCGUGAUAGAGUUCGAGUGCCGCAGCCGGAGGGAGUACGACAUGUGGACUCAGGGCGUUUCCCGCCUGCUCAACAUCGUCAACGAGAAGAAGCACGUCGCCUGAACACGACACGAUCGAAAGCCAACUGCGAGCUGCACGCAUGCGUGGCAUCCAACCGCCAUUGUAAAGAACGGGAAGGGAGGCGACGGUGAUUCCUGUGCAGUCUAGAUAUUUUUUGUUUCUUGUUCUUCGCCGGGUUUGCUGUACAUCUGCCGAUGGAGGAAAGAGCAGUGGUUUGUGUUCACCACUUGCUUUCACUGCUCAUGGCUGGGAAGAAUCUUUGACCGAAGCUAAAACAAAAAAGGCAAAUCUUGUGGUUGAAAGAUCAAA